AUGAAUUCAGUAUCCUUUGGUACUCUAAGUCUUGGCGCCGUAUUAUCUGCUUUGACAUUGAUAACAGCCAAAUUAUACACACGUAACCGGCUGCCUCUGCCCCCUGGUCCACCCAAAAAAUCAUGGCUUUCGGGAAAUGCUGCGGAUAUGCCAAAAGGACAUCCUUGGCUCAAGUUCACAGAGUGGGCAAGGGGUUAUGGUGAUAUCGUGCACCUACGUGUGCAUACCAAUAACAUCAUUAUUCUAUCGUCGUAUGAAGGGAUCUUGGAGUUGUUUGAGAAACGAGGGGCUCUGUAUUCCCAGCGCCCGAGAAGGAUGAUGAUCCUCAUGAUGGGGUGGGGCAAGCUGAUCGCAUUCACUGGGCACGGAAAAAGGUGGAAGGCAUACAGAAAGUACGCCAACUCGGGCUUCAGUAAAACGGCUGUUUUAAAAUACCACGGCGGACAAACUAAGGACGUCCAUGUAUUCUUGCAAAGACUCCUCAAUAGUCCUGAAGAUUUUGCGAAACAAUUGAACAUGUUAGUCGGUAUGAUUAUCAUGAGAAUAACCUAUGGCUAUCAAGUCCAAGAAGCGGGUGACCCCUUUGUGACCAUCUCGGAUGAAGCAAUCGCUUCCAUGUCUACUACCGGCGUUGCGGGAAGAUAUCUGGUUGACAGUUACCCAUUCCUACGCUUCCUACCUACCUGGCUACCUGGUAUGAAGUUCAAAGCUAUGGCACAAGAAUGGAGCAAGCUCCCUUAUCGGAUGGUCGAGGAGCCAUACCAAUGGGUACGAAAGCAGAUGGGAACGAUGAACAUGGCAGAUAUGGCCAAGUGGACGGCCGGGUCCAUGUACAACGCUGGAUCACACACGACCGCGCGUGAGGAGAUGGAUCGAGUGGUUGGCACCGAUAGAUUACCUACGAUGUCCGAUCGGCCCAAGCUGCCUUACUUGGAGUGCAUACUACUAGAGACAAUGAGGUGGUACCCCGUCACGCCAUUGACGGUACCACAUAGAGUCGAACGCGAGGACAUGUACCAGGGUUACCGUAUACCAGCAAAUUCAACCGUUUUUGCGAACAUUUAUGCAAUCACUCGGGAUGAGCGGAUUUUUCCAAACCCAGAGGCCUUCAUACCAGAAAGAUUCGAUGGAACCCAACCGGGCCCUACACCUUUGGACCCCAGAGAGUUUGUCUUUGGGAUUGGGAGGCGUAUAUGCCCCGGAAACACUGUCGCGGAUGCCACGAUUUUUCUCGUGAUGGCAAAUCUGGUUGCGACAAUGGACAUCACAAAGGCUAAAGACGAAAACGGGCAUGAGAUCGAACCCCAAGUUGUGAGAACAGGUGGUCUAGUGAGGUAG